AGCCUAUGUGUUGUGGUAUCGUCCUCUUUAUCGUGCUAUGAGAACUGAUAGCGCUCUGAAGUUCGGGUGGUUUUUCUUGUCCUACCUGUUUCACAUUGGCUUCUGCGUCUUUGCUGCAGUUGCUCCGCCAAUUAUUUUUAAAGGGAAAUCACUAACAGGAAUCUUGCCAGCAAUUGAUGUUUUGAGUAAUCAUGCUUCGGUUGGGAUCUUCUAUUUUGUUGGAUUUGGGCUAUUCUGCCUUGAAUCCCUGAUCAGCAUCUGGGUUAUCCAGCAAGUUUACAUGUAUUUCCGAGGCAGCGGCAAGUCUGCAGAGAUGAAGCGCGAGGCUGCAAGAUCGACUAUGAUGGCAGCAUUAUGA